AUGAAAAAGCGCAAUGAAGAAACACAUGGGGAAAAUAAAAUGAAAAAACGCAAUGAAGAGUUCGACGACUAUUACGAUGUGUAUGAGGAGAACUGGACAAACGACACAUUCGAGGAACUAGAAUAUACACAGAGCCUGGAAAAAAAUAUAAAAAAAAAAUUAAGUAAAGAAGAGUCAAAACAAAGUAUAUUUUUCUGCACACAUGAUAAUACUAAAAUGAGUAAUGUGCAAGAAGAGCAACUAAAUAGGAGCGAUUUUAAUUUAAUCAAUGAGUUAGAAACUUCCAAGGAUGAGAAGGAGGAACUGGAUUUAAAUUUUGGCAGACUAAGCGAGGGGGAAUCUCCCCAGGGAAAUGGCCCAGGAGGUGGGUUAGGUCUAUCAGUCGACCAAAUGGAUGAUUACCAUUCUAGGGGCCAAACGUAUGACCAUCACUCCGGAGACCAAGCGGAUGACCACAUCAGUGACAAAAUAGGAGAAAGCAGAAAAACAGAUCAGGAACUAUUUUUAUUUAAAGACAUUUACGAAGAGUUGGAAAAAGGCCCGAACGGUGAUAAGGACAGCAGUCACCCAUAUGAUGAUAAUUUUUUCAAAGAAAAUAACGACAUAGGAUAUUUGGAUAAAUUAGAAUUCACUAGCAGUAACAACGAAUCAGAUAAUGCAGAAGGUCACUCCGGGAAUUUAUUCCAUAUGGAUAAAUCAUCCAUGGAAAUGUGGCAAGGAAUAAAUAGCAACGGUACGGAAAGUUACGGGAAUGGCCUAGAUUGCCUCAACCAUGGUCGCUAUAGCGACUACGCCAAUGGAGAUGACAUCAAUUUUUCCAACGAAUUGGAUAGUAGUCCACAGAGGAACGCAGUGUUUCUCCAUAGUGGGUAUAGCAUAUGUGAGGACAACAAAGUAGCUUCCCCGAAUGGAAAAGCUAGUCACAUGUAUCAUAGUAACAGGAGUAGAGGUUGCUCUGUCAUGAAGAGUCGGACUGGAGACUAUGAGGGGAAGUUAGACGUUCAGACGGAUAGCCCCUCCUCUUCCUUCUUUAAGGAGCAAAUGGGAAUAGGAGAAUCGGAAGGGGGUAGUAAAGACAUGGGUUAUUUCAAAAGGGGUGGUAAUGCAUCAGGAGGGAAUGGGGAAAACGCAGUGGGUCUCUCAAAUGGUGAUUUUCCAGAAGAAAUGAACUCACUUUAUAGUAAUAGAAGCCAAAAAGGUGUCGGAAAAUUUUCGUUCCAAAGUAGAGACUCGCACGCUAGCGUAGACAAUGUGCACUCUGGGAACGAUAUUAAACGAAGUGAUGCCUCUUGGGGGGAAAAGAAGGGUUAUGACAUCAGCAUGAGCAGUAGCAACUUUAACCGAGAGGAAUCUUUACACAGCUCCCACGACUAUAAACUCUCCAAAGCGAGUAGCAAAUUAAGUUUAAGUAAGCUUAAUGACAGUGCUAAAAAAAUAAGAAGAGUUGUUUUGCGAAGUAGUGACAAUGACGUUAACGCCGAUUCGUUGGAGGUGAAUUCGAAGAGCAGCGUGAAGGGUUACUGCUCCCACGGUGAAAGCAAACCUGAAGGAGUCAAUAAAACAGGUAAUCGCACCUUUUCCGUGAGGGAUAAACGCACCGAGCGUACUGAGAAUAAAGCAGCUAGGAAAAUAAUCCCCACAAGAAAAGACCGUGACGGUACUUCAGGAAUUAUGACAAAAAAUUUGAAACUAAAAAACGGAAAUAAGAAAAAAGAGGGAAGAUGGAAAAAGGAAGAGAAGAACCCUCAAGAAGGCACCAACCUUGAGGGUUUUCAAAAAAGACGCAUCAAUAGCGGUCAUAGCGGGAAAACAUCGAACAGUUUAUCUUCACCUAAAAAGAUUAAUCGUGUGUAUUCUUCAAACGAGUUAAGCAUAAGGGAAGGUUCUGUUCAUAGUACCUCAGAUAGCAAUUCCCUUUUUGUCGAUAAGAAAAGAACUAAGGGAAGGAAAAAUACCACUGACCCAUGCAACAGCAAUGACAGUACGGAUAUCUGCGUCGACUUGAAUGAUGAAGAAUCGUGGGACGACACGGAUAAGGCAACCGACAAAAAAGGGAGCACAAAGAAGAAAGGAAUCGUAGCGAUUCUAAAGGAUAGGUACAAAAAAGAGAAGAAGAAAAAGAAAGGAGAAGCAGAGGAAGGUAUUACGGAAAGAAGGCUCCGAUCUAUCGAUAAAGGUAAUAAGAAAAAAGAUGUUACGCUUAAUUAUGAGGAGCUUACUGAACAAAGCAAAAGUGAUCAACUGAACAUGUUAGGAAAGGAACUGAACAACCAAAUAAACAAACUAGAAGUGGAACAAGAUAAAGUUAAGAAAUUAGAAUAUGAGCUCAUUGCUAAAAGUGCAGAAAUAGAACUUGAGAGAGAAGAAAUGAGAAACAAAAUGGAAGAGGAGAAAAAAAAAAUGAUAAAAAAUUUAGAAGAGGAAAGAAAAAAGUGGAACAAAGAAAAAAAAAGAAUAGAAAGUGAAGUAGACAAGCAGAGGAGCAUCAUAAUGAGCAAAAGAAAACUAACCAACGAAGUAGCAAUGUUCAAAAAUAAAAUAAAAGAACUGGAAGAAAAGCUGACAACGGAAAAGAAACAGCACAAAAUAAGUGUUGAGAAAUUGAGAAAGGAGAUCGAAAAUUUAAAAAUUGAAAAUGAAAAACUCAAAACGGAGUUAAAAAUUUCCGACGAAUAUAGAAGUAAGCUAGAAAAUUACCAACAGAAAACUAUCAUGAAGUUAGCGACGAAUGUGAUUCAGGAGAAGAUGGUAAAAAAUGCCGAUGGAAAAAGAUUGCCUCAUUUUUCGCACUCCUCAGGAAGUUCCACCACGGUGAAGAGUAAUACAAAGGGGGAAAGUGGAAGGGGAAAAAGUGGUAUGGUGGAAAGUGGCAUGGUAGAAAGUGGCAUGGUAGAAAGUGGCAUGGUAGAAAGUGGCAUAGCGGAAAGCGAAUCGGAUUCAUUAUAUCAACCCACCAGAAGCGAUGACAAAAUAUAUCACACAAAUGCACUACGGGAAAGGGGCCCCUCUGUAGUGCCUUCCAAAGAGGUAAAGGGGAAAAACAAAAUUAAGCUUAACGAUUUAUUUGUGCAGAAGAAUGACAUGAAGAUUAGGCAUAGCGUUGUAAAGGAUGAUGCGUCUAUAGAUAAAAAUUUAGAAAAGAUGAAACUCCUAAUACAGAAAAAUAGAAAUGCCGAAAAGAGGGACAAGGUAUACAACGAGGAAGACAGCAUUAGCCAUACUACCAAUGAACAUGAUAAAAUUUUUAGAAAAUAUUUUUUCGACCAGUCAAGCAAAAUAAAUGACAAAUUAUCUUACAAUAGUGGAUUUACAAAGGAAGAGGAAGAGAAAGGGGACCCACACGAACAGCUCAGGAAGGCCUCCUUGCUAACGAACUACACCAAGCAGGAUAAUCAAAAUGGGAGAGAUGAAAAGGAACGAAAUGAAGGGUUCCCACUGGGAAGAGUUCAUGGCGAUACACCAAUGGGCGAUUCAGCGGAAAGGUUGACAAACGAGUUGGGAAUUCAUUCGAAGGGUGAUAAGGCAUCCAUGGUAGAAAGAAAUGGAAAGGAGACCAUACCAAAUAAUGGAUCAAAAGAUGGCACAAGUAGAAAUAUCCCCACUACGGAUAACACAGCGCAUAGGCGUUAUGGGAUGGGAGAACCAUCCUCUUUAAACACACCCACUGGUGAACUGAAAAGGAACAACACCAUUAAACGAAACAACACCAUUAAACUAAACAACACCAUUAAACGAAACAACAACGAAGGCAACGGUAGCAUUAACCACUUAAAUCCUUUUGGCAAAAACUGGGACUUCAUAAUAAAUUUCAAUUUUGACGAAUUAUUUAACACCUGCGAAAAUGUGAUAGAAUCGAUAUUCUCCUCCACGAAGAAGAUGAAAUAUAGACAAGCAUUUGUUGAUGGAAAGGUGGAAACGUUAUUUGAAGAUGGCUUACGAAUUAUUGAGAAAAACAGAAACAAAAAAAUUGUGGAUCCCAACAAUUUGACUAUUUAUUUGUACCCCAGUAAGGAUUAUCGUGCACAGUUGCCAAAUUCGUACACGCUAUUCCGCUUUGUAAACAAAGGCAUAUACCAAGUGAACAUACCGAAUAAGUGCCAACUGAAUAAAUUUCCUAAUGGCCAAAUAGACUGCAAAUAUACCGAUGGACACACACAAAUUUUAUUCUGCGAUGGGCGAAGGAAGGAGAUUCUACCUAACAGGGAGGAAUAUGCCAUUCUGCGCAACGGUACGAUAAAGAAGCUCAGUUAG